CGAAACAGAGUAACAGUAUACUGCGAACAUUUGAACUACGAACGUUGAGAGCGAAUUUGCUUCGUACACUACCUUCAAGGAAAUCUUGUUAAAAUCUUGUUAAACACAUUAUUUAACGUAUCAAACACCAAGUAACCAAGUCAAAAUGUCUCUGAUUCCGUUGCUGUUCUCUGAGUGGUGGGAAGACCUGGACCGUCCGCACCGACUUUUCGAUCAAAACUUUGGUUUGGGAUUGUAUCCUGAGCAAUUAUUAAAUUCAAAUAUCCUCGAUCAAUACAUCUUGCCUAGCCGAGACCGAAGACAGAGAGGCCCACUGAUUUACUACAGACCGUGGGGUGAACUUUUACGGAAAAACGAAGGAGGAGGCAUGUCUACGGUAAAAGCGGAUAAGGAUAAGUUCCAGGUAAUCCUAGAUGUCCAGCAAUUCAAACCAGAGGAAAUCAACGUCAAGAUCGUUGACAAAUUCGUGGUUGUCGAGGGUAAACACGAAGAGAAACAAGACGAGCACGGUUGGAUUUCGAGACAGUUCAGCAGGAGAUACAUGAUUCCCGAGCAAUGCGACAUCGAUCAAGUAACGUCUAGUUUAUCGUCCGACGGUGUGCUUAACAUCAUCGCUCCUAGAAAGGACAAACCGAAGGUCCAGAAUGAAAGAAUAAUUGCGAUUGAGAAAACUGGCAAACCGGCGGUGAAGGAAAUAGAAGAAAAAACGGAAGAGAAGAAGGAAGAUAAGAAAGAGAAGGAAGAAAAGAAAGAAUAAAAUUAAUGCCUAGAAAUACGUUAAAUUAUUGAUAUAUCCAACAUUCUGUUCCUGCUUCUUUUGUAAUUAAUUGCUUUAAUACAUGUUAAAACAUGUAAUUUGAUCUUUGUAAUAUAGUUUAAGAAAUUUUUUAAAAAUAAAUGUUCAUUAAAAUAUAA